AUGGCUGAAUUUGCGAAUUUAAGUUCAAGUUUUCCUGAGCAAACAAAUGGUCAAUGCCGAGGACUAGUGGCACAGAAUGUCUUUUUAGGAGUGGUGUGUUUUCUUGGAAUCACCACGAAUUCUGUUCUUCUCGCAUUCAUCUGGAAAUAUCGUCAUGGCACUUUGACGCCCGACAAAAUGCUCCUCAUGAACUAUGCCUCUGUCGAUCUGAUCGCUUGUCUUGUCAGCCUCCCACUUCAUAUCACAGCUUUAAAUGGCAGCUUGGACCUUGCAGACAAUGACGGUAGGAUACUUAUUUUAAUCCAUUCAUUCUAUCCAGUGUGUAUCUGUGCAAUUGGGAAUACUCCGUGAUCGUUUCAAGGGACUGAAAAGCUACAUGUAAAGGUACAUGUUGGCUAGGGACGUGCAUUUAACGACAUUGAGAAAUAUUUAGGAAAUCUAUUGGAAACGACAUUUCAGCAGUAGUUCUAAAAGAUUUUGCAGUUCUACAAAUGAAACUGUUUAAUUAGCAAAAUUUGAUCUCUUGGGUUGAUUUAAAUUGAAUACAGUAUACUUCCAAUUUUUUAGCCACAGAAGAACCUGUUUUAUAGAUCGACUUUUUAUGUUACUGGGGCCCGACCUGUGACUGUGCAAAUGAAUGCUACUAAGCAGUACUUUUCUGUUGUAUUGUUUAUUAUGCUAUGCAAGGUGGUCCUAAACUGAGUCUGUGGGCGAAAUCCUGCGGCAUUUAAACGAAUGCCACUGAACAGUUCUUUCCCUUUGGUACUGGUUGUUAUACUGUACAAGGUCACUCUAGCCUUGAUUAUUGUGUCGGCGAAACAUUCGUUUUAAAUUAAUGAGAUAUAAAAUGAAUUUACUGAAAAGUCGGGUAAGCCCGAAUAAUGUGUGGCGUUAAUAUUCGUUUGUAGUAAUAGUACGAAGGUGUGCGGCACAACUUGCUUCAAAAAAAAAAACGCAAAGAAUUCCUCAUAAUUCAAAGCUGGCCUGCUAAUAAAAUUGUUAAUUGAGACUUCUAAAUACACUUUCCGUUGCAUGUUUUUUUGGAGCAUGGCACAAGAAGGCUAUCAAAUGAAAAACUAAGGUUAUUUGAUGCGUGCAUCUGAGUCUAUGACGAAAAGCAAACGACGUCAUUUACUCAAACACUUUUGGUUUGUCAUGUUACCUGCAUUUACAAAAAGCAUUUGAUUCAGUUUAAUUUCAAGCGCGUGGGCUAUUCACUUGUUAAUUGUCACGUAUACUGAGAGUUAGAUUUCCCGGAAAGAUAAUUCAUUGUUACUAGAACUGAUAAUGUAUAACCAAUUAACAACCACGAAGUAUAAUCAUUUCCUGUUCUUUUGCGGCGCAAAGCUGAAUCUGAUUUCCUAUGUCAAUGUACGCUCUUACCACAAGGCUAAACUCGUUUUUCACCGUGUUCACUCAUUAGUUCCUAGUUAUUUUUCAUUAUAUUUUACUAGAUUUUCCAACAUUCACAAUUAUUCUACAAGGUAAAGUAUGAGGCUAUCCCUACCAAGCGUUAAACAGAAUUUUGGGAAAACAAGCUCCCUUUAAACAUUUUGAAGAGUGAAAACAUUCAAACGUUCUGCCUCUGAGCACGACAUUUCUUUUUAUCAUAACUUUGAUAUGUUAUUAUAUUUUAGGCUUUAAAUGUGAUUUUGCAUUGUAUUUUUAGGCUUUUUAAUGUACUUCUUAAAUUCUAUUAUUGUAUUUUUAUUAGUCUUUUUAAAUGUAAUAGUUCAUGAAAAUUCUUGAAGUAAAUUAAUUUUUAAGAUACAGGGCCCCCAUAGAGAUCGGCCUUAGAGCUGAAUGAGCUACCCCGUGUAAAUAAAAUUUUACUUACUUACUUUCUUCGGAAGUGGAGCUAAUGAAUAUGAACAUGAAAUGAGAUCGCCGACAUGCGUUUCCCUGGGAAAAUAUGUGUAGAAGCAAUGAAGAUAAUUGGAAAUGUUUCGAAAAAGCCCCUUGAUAAAAAUGAACCAGAGAUUGUUUUUUUUGUGUCUGAACUUUGUCUCUGCACACAAACUGAUAGAAAAUUUACAAAGAAAAUCGCAUUCAAAUUGGACGCAAAUUUGCAUUCAUACUGUUGUAAAUAUUCCAAAUCGUAAAAAAUGUAUUGCCGAUAAGGUUGUUGCAAAUAUUGGCGUUUCAGUUAGAGACUAAAGUAAAUUCUUGAAUGUUCCAAACGCAGCUGAGUAGUUGCAUCGAGUCGGGAACUCCGGAUAAUAAAAACAGUUUGAUAAAAAACCCAAGGAGAUAAAUAAUAAUAUGAUUAUGAUUAUGUGAUCAUAAAUCCUCUAUAAUAGGUGAAAAUUUAAAUUAUUUACAGUCUAUUAUUUACAAUCUUCAACACCUUCAUGUUUGUAAAAAUAAUCAGUACUCAACUUCGUCCUCAGGUUUUCUCAGUUAACGGUGCAUUAACCUGCAAGAAGGCUGCACUUUUGACGUCAUCUCAUUAAACGCGAAAUUCUUCCAAAUUUGGUAAUCUGUAGCUGGUUAUGGUGAAUUUUGCGUGCGCUUUUAGUCAAUCAGGAUCGGGGAAAUAUUUGAACGGAUAAUAAAGACAGUUACUGCAAUGAUCGAAAAACAUCCUUCUUUCAACUUAUUAUUGUGCCGUAGGGAUGAAGUAACGUUCCGAUUGCAGUGUUUAACGGGCACUGAUCGGUUAUUGAUUGAAAAUAUGAGAUGAUGUGUGAAAAAUACCUAAGUAGAAAUCGAGAUUUUGAACUAUUUUAUUAAUUAAGAUUUCUAACUACAUUGUAACCACUGCUUCGUAAGGUGUGAUACGAGGUUGAAAAAAGUUCGUUUUUUAAACUGCUCCGUUUUGCUUCAAACUCUAGAUAACUAGAGUUUGCCUUCAGCUCGUCUGAUAACUCUCCUAACUUAGAUCAAAAAUCUCAUUCAGUAAUUGUUUAAUAUGUGGAUGCAAAUUCUUGGGAUGCUUGACAAUAUUCGUAAACUAAGUUUUUCUCUUACCUGAUUUUCACAGUUUGUUUGGCAAGGUUCUUCACNGGAUAAUAAAAACAGUUUGAUAAAAAACCCAAGGAGAUAAAUAAUAAUAUGAUUAUGAUUAUGUGAUCAUAAAUCCUCUAUAAUAGGUGAAAAUUUAAAUUAUUUACAGUCUAUUAUUUACAAUCUUCAACACCUUCAUGUUUGUAAAAAUAAUCAGUACUCAACUUCGUCCUCAGGUUUUCUCAGUUAACGGUGCAUUAACCUGCAAGAAGGCUGCACUUUUGACGUCAUCUCAUUAAACGCGAAAUUCUUCCAAAUUUGGUAAUCUGUAGCUGGUUAUGGUGAAUUUUGCGUGCGCUUUUAGUCAAUCAGGAUCGGGGAAAUAUUUGAACGGAUAAUAAAGACAGUUACUGCAAUGAUCGAAAAACAUCCUUCUUUCAACUUAUUAUUGUGCCGUAGGGAUGAAGUAACGUUCCGAUUGCAGUGUUUAACGGGCACUGAUCGGUUAUUGAUUGAAAAUAUGAGAUGAUGUGUGAAAAAUACCUAAGUAGAAAUCGAGAUUUUGAACUAUUUUAUUAAUUAAGAUUUCUAACUACAUUGUAACCACUGCUUCGUAAGGUGUGAUACGAGGUUGAAAAAAGUUCGUUUUUUAAACUGCUCCGUUUUGCUUCAAACUCUAGAUAACUAGAGUUUGCCUUCAGCUCGUCUGAUAACUCUCCUAACUUAGAUCAAAAAUCUCAUUCAGUAAUUGUUUAAUAUGUGGAUGCAAAUUCUUGGGAUGCUUGACAAUAUUCGUAAACUAAGUUUUUCUCUUACCUGAUUUUCACAGUUUGUUUGGCAAGGUUCUUCACAAUGUUCACGUGCUUUGCCGUCAACAUUAUGACGUUAGCCACCAUCGCAGUUGACCGCUAUGAUGCCAUUUGUUUAGCACCAAACCGUAAGAUAACCUGCAAGAAAACAGCAUAUUAUCUUGUAUUUAUCUGGCUGUUUUCAUGUUGUACUGUUGUACCCGGGGGUACCGGACACAUAUUGACCGCCUUUGAGAGAGGAUACGUGUGCAACAGACCCGGCCGGGAAAUACAUACCCAAGCUCUUACUGGCAAGACAGCCAUGCUCGCCGUGGUGACUCUGUGGAUCGUCCCUUCCCUGUGCAUUAUUUUCUACAGAUUUCAUGGAAUCGUAAAGUACGUUCGGGAGUAUUCGUCCCACCUUCGCUCCGUUCUCGGCACUUCGAGAGUACAGAAGGAGGUCAAAUUAACUAAAAUAUGCAUUGCUAUGGUCGUCACUUACUUAGGCAGCUGGCUUUUGUUUGCAAUUAUGGUGGGACUUAGAAACAGCUAUUCUUCUUUAGCAGUGCACUGCACCUACCUCUGGGCCUACUCUUUGGCUUAUUCCAGCUUCACUGUUGUGCCAGUAGAAUAUAUGAUCCUCGAUAGAAGAUUUAGGUCUUCGAUAUGGCGAAAAAGGAGACGAAGAUCGAGA